AUGUCUACGAAGUCUUCCAUUGUACAGGUGUUCCUCAGUAAGAAGCAUUUUAAGCUCGACUCGAGCCUUCUAAACAAGCUCGUCGAUUACGCCGAAGAAGGCAGGCUGAUGAGAAACCAUGACCAUGUGCCCGAAACAAUCCGUGAACGAAUCUUCAGACAGGACCAGGAGAAUCUAGAACGGAAGCAGCUGAAACGUAAGAGGGGCGAUAGCUUACCUCCAAUCAAUAUUAGUGUUUCUUGUCUAGGAUCCCACGGUGAGGCUCAGCAGGACCCUCCGACUGGGACACAUGUCACAGCUGCAGGUAGUAGGGUAGGAUUCAGCAGACGGGCCGUUGAUAUCGUCAUUCCCUUGCCGAUCGACAGAGCAGGAAUUGCCUACUGUGAGUGGCUGUGUGGACGAGUGGAGAGCGACUACUGGGAAGCGGGCUUUCGGCAAGCGCAUCGAAUCACGAUGGAGGCGUGUUUCGACUUGAAGAGGAUGCUCAACCGUCAAGCCAGCGUUCCUGAAGUGUCCUUCAGAACUAUCUUGUCGCCCACCAGCAGCGACACAGGACUUGAUGUACGCGCCAAAGUCUCUGCGGACUUCAUCAAGCAACUACUUCGUCACUGUAACAGAUGGCCAGAGCCGGAAUCUGUCCUCGUCAUGGAUAAUGCUACAAUUCACUGUUCCAAAGAGAUCGAAGAGAUGUGCGAGAGGGCAGGCGUGAAGCAGGUCUUCACAGCACCAUACACGCCUAUAACGAACCCAAUAGAGGAGCAUUUCGCCGAACUCAAGGCGUAUGCAAAGGUGCGAUGGGACGAGCACAUCGAUCUCAUUCACAAAGGUCUCGGUGUCAGUAGAGCCCCGAUAGACACGCGACAGCUUGAUGCCUCUCUGUGUAUACGCAGACAGGACUUGAUACCUCUCCUCCCGCUGGAACGUAGCUGUUUGCCUAGGAGUGAUGCCUUUUGGGGCCCAUCCCUUGCAUCGUAG